AUGACGGAAAAAUUAAAGAAUUAUCAAGUUCUCGAUGUUCUCUGCGGCGGCACAUUCUACAAAGUUAAACACAAGGUCACCAACAACAUAUUUGCGUGGAAGGCUUACGAUUGCACCGCGUACUCCGAUGAAGAAAUACAAAAUAUCGUUAAUGAAGUGAAAACAAUAAGUAAAGUGUUAUCUGGCAACUUGCUACGCUACUACGAUACAAUUCUCCACAACGCGUCCAAGACUCUGUACUUUGUUCUCGAAUACAACUCCUGGCAAAGUGUAUAG